GGAAGUUGGAGUAAACGCGACUUUAGUUGAAGAAUGAUUUCAAGAAUAAAUCCUUCAUCCCACAGUUUAAUACUACGUAUUUGCAGACGGAAAUCUCCCGCUGCCCUGCUUCCUCAGGUACAGAUUUUAAUUUAUGGGUUUGCCAAGAUUUACAUGUCCCAAGGGAGGGGAUGGUGAGUCCAGUCCUCACCUUUAUGUGGCUAACUGUGGCCCUGCAGUUGGACUUUCAUAUGACACUAUUGCGUCUGUAUUUGGUACAUACGGAGAAGUCAAGGGAGUCUGUGCUGCGGACGAGAGUGGGACCCGUGUUAUAGUCUCAUAUCAUGAUAAGAGUAGUGCACAAGAUGCAAUGAAGGCAUUGAAUAGACAUCCAUGUUCAAGUCUUGGGGGUCGUUUGUUGCACAUUCAGUAUUCUGUACAAUCACUUGGUAAGGUUAAUAACACUGACUCAGUUCCAGUAUCAACAUCAGCUUCAGGCUUGGACAUUCCUGGACUUUACUUAAUGCAUGACUUUGUCACUCCACAGGAAGAACAAGAAUUACUUGCAGCAGUGGAUGAUAGGGCAUGGCAACAUCUUGCCAAAAGAAGAGUUCAACAUUAUGGGUAUGAGUUUUGCUAUGAUAUAAGGACUGUUAACACGAAUCAUUACUUGGGUGAGCUUCCGUCCUUUGUGUCUCCAAUACUUGAAAGGAUCAGAACAUUUCAGACACUUGAUCAUUCUGCCGAUAUAGCUUUGGAUCAACUAACGGUUAAUGAGUACCCACCUGGUGUCGGUUUGUCCCCACACAUUGACACCCAUUCUGCAUUUGAAGAUUUAAUUUUCAGCCUUUCGCUAGCUGGCCCUUGCAUCAUGGAAUUCAGGAAGUAUGCAACUGCUGUGUGGCAGGAGAAGUCGACCUCAAGUUCUGAUGUAGGGGAACAGAUCUCUGAAAAGAACUCAAGUUUUGUUAGGAAAGCUAUUUAUCUUCCACCUCGAUCAAUGCUACUGUUAUCUGGAGAGGCUCGAUAUGUAUGGCAUCAUUACAUUCCACACCACAAGGUGGAUAAAGUGAACGACAGUCUGAUCCGUAGGGGUUCAAGGAGGGUGUCCUUCACAUUGCGGAAGGAAAACCUUCUACUGGUAUCUUACUGGUUUACUGGAAUUGGGAGACUGCAGCACCCUAUUCUAUUUUGAGUCUGCACCUCUUUUCUUUCGGAACCUGGAAAGAAGAGUUGUUCUGAUAAAGUAAUUCUCCGCAGCAGUCAUCCUGAACGUCAAAUUCCAUAUCAUUAUACCAUGCAGGAGUGAUUUUACAAUAAUCACUGUAUAAGAGGAAGACAUGCUUCAUGUCUGAAUAAAAGAGGAAUUAAAGAAAAUGAAAAACCCUUAAUUUAUCCCUUGUGAAGCAGUUCUUUCAAAAGCACAUUCGACAUUAAUAUUAAUGAUUACUUGGUAGCUGACUACCUAAGAAAUUGAAGAUCAAAUUUAGGUUGAGGAUUUCAGAAUAAGUUACUCCACGCAUCACUUGUGAUUACACUUUCUGCGUUUCCAUGGAUCAGUUCCAGGCGUAAGUGUAGUAAAUAAAUUGUCUGAUAUUUUAUAGUAUUCUUGCUAAAACAUACAU